AUGGCAGCCCUAACUAGGUUUGUCUCUAGACUCACGGACAAGUGCAGACCAUUCUUUAAGUUGCUGAAGAAUCAGCAUUGCAAGCUAAUCAACUGGGGGCCCGAGCAAGAUGAGGCUUUUAGGAAAAUCAAGGAGUAUCGGGCAUCGGUGCCUAUGUUGUCAAAGCCGAUACCCAGAGAAAUGCUAUACCUCUACUUGGCAACGUCUGAUACAGUAGUGAGCUCGGCCCUGAUCAGGAAAGAUGAUGUCAUCGAGCUCCUGGUGUACUAUGUAGGCAAAGGUUUCACCUUGGUCUUGCAGAAGCCGGAAGCAAGCGGGAGACUGGCCAAAUGGGUGAUAGAGUUGGGUGAGUUCGACAUGCCGAGAGUAGCCAUCAAAGGGCAAGCAGCCGCAUAUUUCAUCUCGGAGCUAACCCCUAUGAAGAACAACGAGGUGCAUUCUGAGAUUGAGCAUGAGGUCAGCGGGACCUUUGAGGCUAAAGAACCGCAUCUAAGCUCCUACCAAGCACUAGCAAAGGCCCUUUUGAGUAGAUUCGAAUCUGCAAUGGUCACUCAAAUCCCCAGGAAGGAAAAUAGUAAUGCUGAUGCUUUGGCAAGACUAGCCACCGGUACCCGUCAGAAAGGGCGCAAGAAGGUCAAGGUCGAGAUCUUAGAUCGACCUAGCAUUAGCAAGACGAUCUCGGAGAUAUUCGCCAUCACCGUUGGCCCUAGGGAGCCCACAUGGAUGGACCCAAUCAUCGAGUUCAUUAAGGAAGGAGUCCGCCCGAAGAAUAGGCGACAAGCAAGGAAGUUGCAGUCGCGGUGUGCAAGAUACACUGACAAACGAUAA